AUGUGCCGCACACCAUUCCCUGCACACACGUGUUACCUAACCAUUGACGUCGCCUUAAGUGCUGACAUUCGAGCAAUUCUGGCCAAUCCUGUUUCGCAUCGGCGAAUUCGGAGGUUACCAUGGGACAGAAUUGAUCGCGAAUGGGUGUCAGCAGCCAAUGGCAGACUUAGCCCACACACUGGCAGAACUGCAGGCCCUCACCAAGGCAGCGCCAUGCCGUACCCGUUUGCGCUGUACGCAUGUGAGUGGUGCCGUCGCCGCUUCACUUCACGGUCGGCGCUGUUUGCUCACAAAGCUUGCAGCGGGAUGUGCCGUCGCAUACGCUCUCGUUACAUUCGGAACGGCUCCAGCCGCUCUCGGUUUGUCCUUUCCCUUCGUGCGCCCGUGCCGCAAGCCACGACCUCGGCCGACGCAAGAGACAACUCCGACGACGACGAUCCUCCCGAUGCCAUGGCUAACACCGCUGACCAUCUAGACCAGGCAAGUUCGAGUGCUGCCGAGCCCGAGGCUGAAGAACUGACGGAGGCGGAGGUUCGUGAAGCAGUAGAGACCGAGGAACGAGAGGCCACAGUCGCGGAGGCAGACCGCGUUCCAGAGGCGGACUUUCGUCCCACAGAGAGGUUCGACACGCUGAUGGAGGUUUUUCGCUUCAUCAUUGGAUGCAACAACGGCCGUGGUUUGUCCAACGACAGCACCGUUUGGCUGCUGAAUCUACUGAGGGAGGAGCGCCUGAACCUUGCGCUGCUCCAGCACUGGAACACACUGCAUGCCGUCGUGAAGUACGGCCUGUCGCAGCUCAUGGCGACGCGCGAGUAUGAAACCCACGCGUUUACACUGCCGAACUGGCCCACACCCUUUGAGGUCACGGCAACCAGUGGCAAGGAGGUGAGCGAGCUUAACUACGCAUUGCAAUAUGCUCUGAUCCUGUCACCACUAAACCGUGGCCCCGAUUUGUCUUGCUGCAUCCACCCCAUGGUGCAGGCUGUCCUAGAGCUGCUGCGGAACCCCGCCAAUGCGGAAGGGUUCGUUCUCUUCGCACGUGAGGAGAACUAUGGGGCUGGUCGCACCUACUCCACACUCGAGACUGCCACUUAUUGGGAGGAAGCCCAACGUGCAGCGGUGGCGAUGUUCGGGGAAGGGACGGUGGUGGUUCCCAUCAUCCUCUCCAGCGACGCCACCAUGCUCAGCGGAAACGAGCGUACCAAGGUGUGGGCGGUCUACAUAAGCAUCGCCAACAUCCCGCUCCACCGCCGAUGGCAAGAGUGUGGCAAGCUGCUGUUGGCGAUGUUGCCAUUCCCGCUGAGCCAGAUGACCCCAACCGAGAAGACGGCUUUGUUCCAGGCCGCGAUGAAGAUAGUGCUUGCUGACCUUGUAGUCGCCUCACACACGGGCAUGGCGGCGACGGAUCCCAAUGGGGUCGCGCGGUUUGUGGUGCCGCUUCUCUUCUCCUAUGUGGCUGACUACCCGGAAACCUGCAAAGUGUCAUGCACCCAGCAGCUCGGGUCUGUGAGACCGUGCUCCCUCUGCUAUGUGCAGCGGGAGCACCUCCGAGACAUGGACCGAGACGCCGCCGAGAUGAGGACUGUCGAAAAGCAGGAAGGGCUUCUUGAUGACCCAGCUGAGGCCGCCCGAUAUGCGACCAUGCGUGCCCCGGGCAACACCUACCUGACGAUGGGGCCAGACAUUCUGCAUGCAAUCUUCAUCGGCUGGUGGCUUUACAUCCGUGACGCGCUGCGGGGCAACGACAGGAUGGCCGUCACCAAGGACGGGCAAAUGGCAGAAAUGUACCCCGAUGCAAGACUCGCUGACAUCGCCCUUCCAAGCUCUGGCAACUACUGGGUGAGCGGCGCAAACUACACGGCGUCAGAACACGCCGCCGUCAUGAUGGUCGCCCCUUUUGUGAUGGAAGGUGAAGGGAUCCCCAUCAAGCGCGCGGCCCUCGUGGGGGUCCUCGAGUGGCUCGAGAGCUGCGUGCGCGCCCCCUUCCACACCGAUGCAAGCUUGACUGAGCUUGAUCAACGGACCAGGAGGAUGGUUCAAGUUGUUGAGGCUGUUUUCCCCCGCGGCGGCCAGGGGUACAACCUGCUGAAAGUCCACCUGCUAACCCAUCUGCCGGACUUCAUUCGCCGCAACGGAGUGCCGCGCGAGUUCUCUGCUGCAGUCUAUGAAAACGCUCACAUUCGUACCUGCAAGUUACCAAUCACAGAGCACCUCAUUCCCCUCGCUGUCUGCACAUGCCCGCACCUUGCACUCCUAUCCCAGGCCAUGGCGACGGGCAUCCCGCAACUGACGAGGGCAAGCAGGUCGCUCACCAGCCAGCCCCAGGGGGGCGAGCCUGCAGACUCGGUCUUUGAUCAGCUGAACGUGGCACUGGGCGGGAUUCUUGCGGCAUACGACAGUGCCAUGCGCGCUGCAUGCUUGCGCCCGUUUCCAGCCAUGGUGCACACGGCGCUUGCCCUGCCGGCGGGAGAGACGGACCUUGGGACCCUGCGGCCCCACUAUGUCCGUGCUGCUGCUUCCCUGCACGGGCACAAGGCAUUCUCGUGCGUGGAGUACGAGACGGAUGCCGGGCAGCAAGAGCACGGUAGGCUUCUCAUGCUGCUGGAGGCCGAGCGGGAUGUGCCGGAGGACGUGCAGGUGGAGGUGGCAGUGAUCCAGAGGCUAGUGGAUCAGGGGCUGGACGCCCACACCGGCUGCCGCACCCUCUCCGCACCAUUGGCCCAGGGUGGGCUGGCAGUCAUUGAGGUGGCAGCGAUCCGCCGUGCGGUUCACUGCGUGCCCUCGUUCGAGCGGCGAGGGCUGUGGUAUUUGAACAGAUGGGCCUACAGGUGCACGGAGAGCCUUACUUGA